CAGGCGCGAGUGACGGGUCCCGCCCAUUAGCGUGGUUGUUCAGCUGUUCUUGCCAGAUAAACACCUACACAUUUCACGUACUUUAUACUAACGUUACCAUUACGGUCGAAAUAGAACAGAAGUGGAUGAUUACGGAACCACGUGCCAGUGAUGUUAUUGGUGUUGCGUUCCUAAGAUCAUCAACCAGCUGCAAUGGCCUGUGGUGGGGUCCCACAAACUGGGGGCUCCUACUGGCCCUCCAGGGUGGAGCUGACCAUCUCCUGUGAGAACCUCAUGGACAUGGAUGUCUUCUCAAAGUCCGACCCCCUGUGUGCCUUGUAUAUUAACACCUCUGGCUCACAGUGGCAUGAGUUGGGGCGCACAGAGAUGAUCCUGAACUGCUUGAGUCCGAAGUUUGCAAAGAAGUUCUUAAUUGACUAUCAUUUUGAGACAGUGCAGAGGUUGAAGUUCUGCGUGUACGACAUUGACAACGACACUUACGACUUGGAGGAUGACGAUUUUCUCGGGGAGCUUGAAUGCACCUUAGGCCAGAUUGUUUCUAACAAGCAGAUGACUCGCCCUUUAUUGUUGAAGGAUGGGAGGCUUGCAGGUCGUGGUACGAUCACAAUCUGUGCUGAGGAAAUAACAGACACCAGGGUGGCACAUUUUGAAGUGUGUGCACGCCGGCUUGACAAAAAGUUUUUGUGGUGGUCCGACCCUUUUCUGGAAUUCUACAAGCAGACAGAGACUGGUUGGCAGCUGGCUCAUAGGACGGAGGUGAUAAAGAAGAACCUCAACCCUACAUGGAGACCCUUCAGCAUCUCUCUGCGAUCUCUCUGUGGGGGAGAUGUUGAGAGAACUAUAAAGGUUGACUGUUACGAUCGUCACGUCAAUGGCUCCCACGCGCUCAUUGGAAGCUUUAAGAGCACCCUCGCUCAGAUGCAAACCGGAACACAUAUCUGCCCUGUUGAGUGUGAGUGCAUCAACCCAAACAAGGUGAAGAAAGACUAUAAAAACUCAGGCGUCAUUUACAUCAAGCGCUGUCAGGUGGAGAAAGAGUACACGUUCCUGGAUUACAUCAUGGGAGGAUGCCAACUUCACUUCACUAUUGCUAUUGACUUCACCGGCUCCAAUGGUGACCCAAGCUCCCCCAACUCCCUCCAUUACAUCAACCCUGAGGGCUACAAUGAAUACCUGUCAGCCAUCUGGGCCGUGGGGAACGUCAUCCAGGACUACGACAGUAACAAGAAGUUUCCCGUCUUUGGAUUUGGAGCCCAGGUGCCUCCCUCUUGGCAGGUUUCCCACGAGUUUGCCAUCAAUUUUAAUCCAUCAAAUCCAUUCUGUGAUGGCAUUGAAGGCGUGGUGCGUGCCUAUCAGCAGUGUCUGCCUCAACUCAAACUCUGGGGUCCAACCAACUUCUCCCCAAUCAUCAACCACGUAGCCUGCUUCGCCAGACAAGCUCUCUACCACAGCAAAGCUACUCAGUACUAUGUGCUGCUCAUCAUCACAGACGGCGUGAUCACAGACAUGGACCUGACACGCACUGCCAUUGUAGAGGCCUCUCGCCUGCCCAUGUCCAUCAUCAUCGUGGGCGUCGGCGGCGCAGACUUCAGCGCAAUGGAGUUUCUGGACAGCGAUGACAAACUCCUGCUGUCAGCCAGCGGCGAAGCAGCGGCACGAGACAUCGUCCAGUUUGUGCCUUUCAGACAUUUCCACGGAAACAGCGUGGCGCUGACGCACAGUGUCCUGGCAGAGCUUCCUGAUCAAGUGUCGUCCUUCUUCAACUCAUACAAGCUGAAACCUCCCAAUGUAUGUGUCCCUUAAGUGCCGUCCCUGGAAGGUGGGGGUGGGUGAUACUGUAUAUACAGUAUGUGUUAUUUGUCUGCAUCUUCCCAGAUGGCCUUGUGUCUGUUAGCAUGAAACAGCAUAUUUGUCAACCUAUUAUUGAGUUUGAUUGUUCUUAAACAAACCUGAAGAAAAGUCAUUGUUUAAUUUACUUUUGGAUUUAAAAAAAAGGGGGGGGAAAAAACAAUUAAUUUGCAGAUACAGUCAGCCCUUGUUUAUUGCGGGUAAUUGGUUCCAGACCCGACCAAUAAGUAAAUUUUCGUGAAGUAGGAUUCCUUAUCAAAUGGAAUAUUUUGGUAGUUUGAGCAUAGAAAACCUGUUUACAGCCUUCUAAAUAUGUAUUUUUAACAUUUUGAGAGACCUCGAGACAUGAAAUAACACCCCUAUAGUACCUUUACACUCGUAUUACCCAAUAUGGUAGACACAAAUAAGACAUUAUUUAGUCGCAUGUUUGCAUUGGGAGAAUUCCUUGUUGCUGUCACUUCCUGCGGUAGCUUUUCUCUUAUCAGUGUAACCUUACUGACACCUAGUGACCAGUGUAGAAUACUACAUAACAUGUAUUUAGUAGUAAAUUUAGUAAUAAAUUUAGUAAAUUUCCCCGCUGUGGGAUAAAUAAAGUACAUACAAUUUCAAUGCGUCAUCUGAAUGCCUUCUGUUUGUAUUUUAGUUAAGUUAGAUAUUUUUAUGCCUAAUUUAGGCAAAAAAACAUAAAAUUUGCUUAAAUAAUGCAUAUUUUUUAACUAAUAGGGUGUAGUCAACCACGAAACAGCAUGAUUUGCUAAUCAUUAUACACUGCUCAAAAAAAUUAAAGGAACACUUGGAAAACACAUCAGAUCUAAACUGGGGGAAAAAUGAUGUUGAAUAUGUUUCCUGAUAAUAAGUGGCUGAUGUAUUAGUAACAAAAUGAUGCCACAUCAUUUGAUAGAAAUGAAAAUGAUCAUCCUAUAGAGGGGGGAAAUCAAAGACACCCCAAAAAUGAAAGUGAAAAAAUGAUGCAGCAGACUGGUCCAUUUAGCUAAAAUGUCAUUGUAGCAACUCAAAAUGAUUCUCAGUAGUUUGUGUGGCCCCCACGUGCUUGUACGCAUGCCUGACAACGUCGGGGCAUGCUCCUAAUGAGACUACGGAUGGUGUCCUGGGGGAUCUCCUCCCAGAUCUGGACCAGGGCAUCACUGCGGUACCUGGACGCAUGGAGGAGAUUCCAGGAGACAGGUAGUUACUCCAGGAGAGCUGGACAGGGCCGUAGAAGGUCCUUCAACCCUCAGCAGGAUCGGUAUCUGCUCCUUUGUGUAAGGAGGAACAGGAUGAGCACUGCCAGAGCCCUACAAAAUGACCUCCAGCAGGCCACUGGUGUGAAUGUUUCUGACCAAACAAUCAGGAACAGGCUCCAUGAGGGUGGCCUGAGGGCCCGACGUCCUGUAGUGGGCCCUGUGCUCACUGCCCAGCACUGUAGAGCUCCAUUGGCAUUUGCCAUAGACCACUAGAAUUGGCAACUUCACCACCGGUGCCCUGUGCUCUUCACUGAUGAGAGCAAGUUCAACAUGAGCACAUGCGACAGACGUGAAAGGGUCUGGAGAUGCCGUGGAGAACGUUAUGCUGCCUGCAACAUCAUUCAGCAUGACCGGUUUGGUGGUGGGUCAGUGAUGGUCUGGGGAGGCAUAUCCCUGGAAGGACGCACAGACCUCUACAGGUUAGAUAAUGACACCCUGACUGCUAUUAGGUAUUGGGAUGAAAUCCUUGGACCCACUGUCAGAACCUACGCUGGUGCAGUGGGACCUGGGUUCCUCCUGGUCCACGACAAUGCCCGACCUCAUGUGGCUAGUGUAUGCAGGUAGUUCCUGGAGGAUGAAGGAAUUGAUACCAUUGACUGGCCCCCACGUUCACCUGACCUAAACCCAAUAGAACACCUCUGGGACAUUAUGUUUAGGUCCAUCCGGCGCCGCCAGGUUGCUCCUCAGACUGUCCAGGAGCUCACUGAUGCCCUGGUCCAGAUCUGGGAGGAGAUCCCCCAGGACACCAUCCGUAG